AUGAAGCCCAAGGCGCGGCUCCUGGGCCGCAGCGGCAGCAAGAAACGCCUGGUCGUGCCGCCGUCGCCGUCGCCGUCGCCGGCGGUUGCGGCGGACGGCGAGAUGGACGAGGGGAAGGCGGAGGAGAGGCGGAAGGAGGCGGAGCGGGAGGAGGGGAAAGAGCGCGAGCGCGAGCGCGGGCUGCUGGGCGUGCGGCGCAACAAGGGCGCAGGCGCGCGGUCGUGGCUGCGGAUCGACCAAUCAGGACAGACGCAGGUGGGUAGUUUUAUGGAAGGCGCCUAUGAAGAACGCCGGCUGUGGCUGGGUGCCGCGCAUCUCCCAUGCCUCCCGUCCCCAUUAUGCCGCCCACUUCUUCCUCCCCCACACCCCUCCCCCUCUCUCCCACCCCCUCAGGUGAUAGAGGCGGACAAGUACGCCAUCAUGCGCCGCUGCUCCAUCCCAGCGCGCGACCUCCGCAUUCUCGACCCGCUGCUCUCCUACCCAUCCACGCUGCUGGGGCGAGAACGAGCGAUUGUGGUGAAUCUGGAGCACAUCAAGUGCAUAAUAAUGGCGGAGGAGGUGCUGCUGCUCAACUGGCGGAACUUCCAGGUGGCGCGGGUGGUGGAGGAGCUAAAGGCACGCCUGCCGCUGCACCUCAAUGCCGCAGGCCAGCAGGUGCUAGGGCAUGAGCUCAUCCCCCCUCUCACUCUCUCGCCUCCCUCAACCUCCGUUCCUGCUCCUACAAUCGUCUGCCUGGAGUCUGCUUGCGGCACUCUUGAUGCCGAGGUGAGGCACAGGAGCACGUGGGGCACAGGAGCAUGUGGGGCACAGGAGCACGUGGGGCACAGGAGCAUGUGGGGCACAGGAGCACGUGGGGCACAGGAGCACGUGGGGCACAGGAGCAUGUGGGGCACAGGAGCAUGUGGGGCACAGGAGCACGUGGGGCACAGGAGCACGUGGGGCACAGGAGCAUGUGGGGCACAGGAGCAUGUGGGGCACAGGAGCACGUGGGGCACAGGAGCACGUGGGGCACAGGAGCAUGUGGGGCACAGGAGCACGUGGGGCACAGGAGCACGUGGGGCACAGGAGCACGUGGGGCACAGGAGCAUGUGGGGCACAGGAGCACGUGGGGCACAGGAGCACGUGGGGCACAGGAGCAUGUGGGGCACAGGAGCAUGUGGGGCACAGGAGCAUGUGGGGCACAGGAGCACGUGGGGCACAGGAGCAUGUGGGGCACAGGAGCACGUGGGGCACAGGAGCACGUGGGGCACAGGAGCAUGUGGGGCACAGGAGCAUGUGAGGCACAGGAGCACGUGGGGCACAGGAGCAUGUGGGGCACAGGAGCACGUGGGGCACAGGAGCAUGUGGGGCACAGGAGCAUGUGGGGCACAGGAGCAUGUGAGGCACAGGAGCACGUGGGGCACAGGAGCAUGUGGGGCACAGGAGCAUGUGAGGCACAGGAGCACGUGGGGCACAGGAGCAUUGGGUGCUGCUGGGUGGGGAGGAGGGGAAUGGCCUCACUUGGAGGGCCCCAAUGCGCUGCCCUUUGAGUUCCGCGUGUUGGAGGUGUGCUCGGAGUCUGCCUGUGGGGCCCUUGACGCUGAGUUCCGUGCGCUGGAGGUCUGCCUGGAGUCUGCCUGCAGCACUCUUGACGCCGAGGCUGCUUGCGGCACUCUGGACGCCGAGGUGGGUGCUGUUGAUGGAAGUGCAGAGGGAGAUGUGAGGCAGUGGGUGUUGGGUGGGGGCUGGAAUAGUGCUUCAAAGGAGCUGUGCCUCGAGGCUUCUUGCCGCACUCUUGAGGCUGAGACCAUCCGAGUGGAGCAGGAGGCAUACCCAGCGUUGGACGAGCUCAUGGCAUCUGUGUCAACACUCAACCUGGAGAGGGUGCGGCGGAUCAAGAGAGCUGCCCUAUCUCUGCUCUGCUCCCCACGCCCCUCUCCUCCCACUGCUCCCCCCCUUCCCCGCCUUGGCCUCCAGACCACCCGAGUGGAGCAGGAGGCGUAUCCAGCACUGGACGAGCUGACGGCGUCCGUGUCGACGCUCAACCUGGAGAGGGUGCGGCAGAUCAAGAGCCGCCUUGUCGUCAUCUCCGGCCGCGUGCAGAAGGUGAGGGCUGUGAGGGCUGUGAGGGCUGUGAGGGCUGUGAGGGCUGUGAGGGCUGUGAGGGCUGUGAGGGCUGGGGGAUUGGGUCGGAAGAGGGGAGUGACGGUAGAGGGAGUGGCAGUAAAGGGAGCAGAGGCAGCAGAGGCAGCCACAGCCACAGUCGUAGUCACAGCCGUGGGAGUGGGAAGAGUGGCAGCAACAGGAGUGGCAGCAGCAGCAGCAGCAGCAGUAGCAGUAGCAGCAGCAGCAGCAGCAGUAGUAGGGAGCAAGAAGUGGGAUGUGGAGGAGUUGGAGAUGCUUCUAGAGGCGUACUUUGUGCAGAUUGAAGGCACGCUGAACAAAUUAUCAUCGCUGCGGGAGUAUGUGGAGGACACGGAGGACUACAUAAACAUAAUGCUGGACGAGAAGCAGAACAGCCUGCUGCAGAUGAACGUGCUGCUCACCACCGCCACACUCUUCAUCUCCUUCUUCAUCGUCAUCACUGGGGUGUUCGGGAUGAACAUCGAGUGCUCGUAUUUCGACCCGGAGGUUCCGUCCAAUUACAACGUGUUUUAUUACGUGGUUAUUGGGAGCACUGUAGCGUGUAUCGCGUCGUUUAUUCUGUCAGUCGUGUACAUGCGCAGUAGAGGGCUCAUUGUGCCGUCCGCGUGA